AUGACCAUGCAGGAGAGUCUCCAUGGCCUGCCGUCAGUCAACAAGUCUGAAUCUGCCCGUGCCUUCUCAGUUAUGUUUAGAGCUGAUAUCCAGGAUGGCUCCGUGCAGCUGAGGUAUUUACCCCUGUGUUGUGUGUUAUCCAGGGGAUUUGCGUUUACAAAGGCUGUGAAGGUUCUGAGCCAGCUGGUGAAACAUUAUGAGGGACUGUCGUAUGACAGAGAGGUCGUGCGUCAGCAACAGCACAGAGCGAAGAGAGACACCCUACGGAACGACCCAGAGCUACGACUGGACUUCACAGCUUUUCAAAGGGAUUUCCGCCUACGUCUUAGACGAGACACCACUGCAUUCACAGAGGAUUUUGAGGUUUUCUCUGAAUCUGGAGGUGUUGAUUUGUCUCACAUAGUUUCAGGAAAACUGGAAGAUGAACCCGACUCCUCUUGUCACGGUUCGGUUCUCCAGGGCCAGUUUGAAGGCUCCAUUAGAACCGGAAAUGGAACAUAUUACGUGGAGCCAGUGGACAGAUACUCCUCGGAACCCUCCGAACACCACUCUAUCAUCUACCACGAGGAUGAUCUCGUGGACGCUCCUCUGGGCAGCGGCUCUGGUGGGUUUUGUGGUUCUGACCGGUUGAUGCAUCUGCGCCAGGAUGUGGCUUCCCAGAUGGAACCUGUGACCAGGUCAAGGAGGACGAUCGACCAAUCGAAAACCAGCUGUCUGCUUCAUCUGCAUGCAGAUCACCUGUUUUUCAAACGUUACCGUAACAUUGAGACUGUUGUGGGACAGGUGUCGGCCUAUAUGAGGGCAGUCAAUGAUAUUUUUGAUAAAUCGGAGUUUGAUGGAAUUGAAGUGAUCAAUUUCAGACUGAAAUCUCUAUCGGUCCAGACAGAGGAGAAUAAGACCGAUCCCCUGCAGCAGACGCACGUUGGCCCAGAGAAGCUGCUCAGCGUGUACUCACAGCAUGACUGGAGCCAGUACUGCCUGUCCUACCUACUGACCAACCGAGACUUCAGCGGGGUGCUGGGGCUGGCCUGGGUGGGUCAAACAGAUGACUGGGGGGGCAUAUGCUCAAAGCCUGUCGUGGAAAAAGGACAGAAUUCCAGUCGGAACACCGGCCUAAUCACGCUGCAGAACUUUGGGCGGUACCAGCCGCCCAAAUAUGUCCACAUGACCUUCGCUCACGAGCUGGGCCACAGUCUCGGCGCCCCCCACGACAAAGGUGCCAACUGUGGGACGCCAGAGGUCACGGAGGGCAAAGGGUGGUUCCUGAUGUAUCCGCACGCCGCCCAGGAAGUUCAAGAGAACAGCGACAAGUUCUCCCCCUGCAGCGUUCGGGACAUCAACCGCAUCCUGAGGGUGAAAAAGGACGAAUGUUUCGUGGUCAGCGAUCGGCCCAUCUGUGGGAACCACAUCGUGGAGGACGGGGAGGAGUGUGACAUAGGACACGAUGAGAACGAUCCUUGCUGUUACAGUGCCAAGGAGCCCAUGGAAAUCCAGUGUCGCCUGAAGCCCAGCAAACAGUGCAGUCCUAGCCAAGGUCUGUGCUGUAGCUCCAGCUGCGUGUACAAAGCCUCGGGGACGAUGUGUGAGGAAGAGUCGGACUGCCAGGAGGAGAGCUUUUGUGACGGGUCGUCUCCGAAGUGUCCCGAGCCCCCCGCCAAACCCAACAUGACCGUCUGCAGCCUGGGCACCCGUGUCUGCUUCAACGGGGACUGUGCUUUAUCUGUGUGUGUGACCCACGGGCUAGAACAGUGCGACUGUCCGAGCGAGUCCAGGAGAGAGAAGUGCUUUUUGUGCUGCCAACAGCCGGGCGAACCAAGCACCUGUGCAAGCACCAACUCCUCAGUUCUGACCCAGUACUUUCAGGGUCAGAGCGUGGCGCUGGUUCCAGGAGCUCCGUGCUCUGAGAACCACGGUUACUGUGACAAAUUCAACGUGUGUCGCCUGCUCGAUGCCGACGGCCCGAUCGCGCGGCUGAAGAACUCCUUCCUCCACCUGAACGAGUAUGAGGAUCUCGGCGAAUGGAUGAAGGCAUACUGGUGGGCCAUCCUGGUGGCCAUUCUGGUUGUGUCUGCUGUCAUGGCGGGCACGGUGUGGGCCUUUGGAGAGACACUGGAGAAGAAAUAG